AUAUAAAUAACACUGGUAAAAAUAAUAUUUUUAAUCUGCGCGAAAAGUCAGGCAAAGGAACAAAUAAAGUUGGGUUUGGGUUACGUUGUGUAUUUAUUACGAUUUAUUGCAAUUAUUUACGUCAAUUUUAUCAUAAUAUAUUGUGACUUCAAGGCAUAUGAAAUUAGCUGACACGCAAUGGAGGCGACUGAAGACGAUAUGAUUGUUUUGGUGGUUGUUGACGAUGAUGAGAAAAGUAAAGGUUUAGAAAAGUAUGAAGAGCCGAGCUCAGGAUCCAACAACGAUGUUGAUAAUAUACUCGAAAUUGCACAGAAACAUGGAGAAUAUGUUGAAGUGAAAUUAGAGUCAGAAGAUGAUGAAUGUGACUAUGAAUAUCUGGAAGAUGAAAAACUGACAGAGACUGACAUCAAAGAACCUACAGAAAGUAUGGAAUACUGCGAAGAUGACUCAGAAUAUGUACCCGAAGAGUCCCAAUCUCCACGGAGACGAGAUAAGCACCGUUUCACAAUGUUGAAGCCGUGGCAACAACGGUCUUUUGUAGCAGAACUACGGGAGAAUCAUGAGGAAUUGAGGGAAGAUGAGGAGUUACUGAUUAACACGUUGGGUCGGAUCAUGUCGAUGGCCAAGCCCCCACCACCACCCCAGGACUACUAUGUAAUGGAAGGUGUUAUGUUUGCGUGUAUUUAUUGUGGCCAUGUAUCCGACACGCUGCCUGCAGCCGGCCGACAUUACCAGGAGAAGCACGGUGAAAGAUAUUUGGUUUGCUUUGCUUGUGGAGUCGAUUUCAGAAGUACUACGAAUCUAUACAAGCAUGAGAAACGUUGUAUAGCCCCGGAUGCUGAGAUAGUGCUGCGGGCGCGCGCUGUCUGCCUGGGACGCAAGGGACGCGGCCGACCCUUUCUUACCAAAGAUCCGUACAUCAAUCAUGGUCAACGGAAUAAGUAUCCAUGUUCCCUGUGCUCGGCCGUGUUUAUAACGAAGAGCAACCUGAAGUCGCACGAGAACCUCCACCGCGGCGAGCGACCGUACCGGUGCCACGCCUGUCCCUGCGCGUACGCAUCUAACUCCGCACUCUCCCGACACGCGAAGAAGCACACCGGCGUGCAGUAUAUCUGUGACCACUGCGGUCGCUCCUUCAAUAUCAAAGCCGCGCUAGUUGCACACAUGGACACACAUAAUGCUGUGCGUAAACAUGGGUGUGAGGAGUGUGACCGUCGUUUCGCCCAGAAAUGCGCACUGAAUCUCCACGUGUACAGGGUGCACAGGAACUUACCACCACCCUGCCCCUGUCAGAUCUGUCCUAAAAGAUUCCAACGAAUGUCAUUGCUCAAAGAACACAUGAAGAAACAACAUGGAAUGUCUAUAAUAACUAGGAAGAUGUUCUUCAAAGCCUUACCGACCAUGACAGAGUUAGAAGUGAGAGAAUCCAAAGUCAUUCGUAAAGAUGAAGAAGAAGACAUGCUGAACUUCUUGCCACCACCCGUCAAAGUAAAGACUGAACCGGACAUUGAAGGGAGACAGGGGAACGGGAACUUGUACAAGAUAGAAAAUGACAAUGAAAACAAUGUCAUUUACUUACAAAAUGGAGAAGUCAUUAAAAUGGAGAGAGGAGAUGAUGAAGUGCUGUUUGAAGUGGAAAAUAUUGUUGACGGACAGAUCUUUGUGAAAGCCCUCAAUGAUAGUUCGUUUAAAGGUGACUUUAGUGAGUACUUGAGCGCUUUGGCGAGUACUUGAUGUUGAUGUUUGUGAUUUUGUGCCAAAAGGAUUUGUUCCUGUUAUCGUGUCUUUAGGCCUAGUGUACAUUGGCGGAAUACGGUGUAAGUAUUGAGAAAAUACGCCUGAAAACGGUAUGUUUUUGUAGUAGGUGCGCUGUGCGUUGUCAAGCUUCUAUGGCAUGCCGUUUUCAUCUGUAUCCGUACCUUAACUACUAUGGUAAUUAAGGUGAUUAAAGGUAAGCGUUCACAGGCCCGCAUCGUACGCAUUCCGUAUGACGUAAUCAGUACGCAUCGCAUGUAGGCAUUGCUGAUGAUGCGGUGCGUACGAUGCGGAUCAGUGUACGCAGUUGUAUGAGUUUCUAUACAAGACAAACUAAAAUCCGUUGCGUGCGAUGCGUACGAUGCCGAUGCGGGCCUGUGGACGCUUACCAUUAUUCUCAGUAUCUACGCUGCGCCGCCGUCGUUGUGCCCUGGGACUUAUAGUCUUAGUGUUAAGCUUUAAAAUAUGGUUGCAAUAACUUAACAGGAUUGUUGAUUUACUUAUUGAAAAUGAAUUUAUUUACUUGAAAGAUGAUUUUAUGAAGAGUUAAUGAACGGUCCCAACUGUAUUUACUGAAUUCGUGUGACUGGUUUGACUCGUUUCAGGCAGAGUACCGAAGGCUUAGUACGAGUUUUUGUUUUACGUUUAACGAGAUCGAAACGAGAGCACGUCUGGCGCUUUGAUUGGUUGAUUUAUUUGAGUCGGCCAAUCAGAGCACAAGGGUACAGAAAAAUAAAACCACGAAAUUUUCUAUAGGCCAAUCACCGUAUGUGGUAAAAAGGUUUAAAUGGCCUGUUAAUGGUUGUCAUACAGUCAGACAACAGGACAUUAUAGUUAGUUGAUUAAAUUCGAUAUGCAAUAAUAUAUCUUAUAAUGAAAUAAUGAAGACUGAAAUUAGUCUGUAAUGUUAAUGUUUAUAAUAUAUGUAUAACUUAAUUUUUAUAAGUGUUGUGCUACUUGAAAGUUGAAACAAAUUUAAAUAUAAAAUUAACUUUAAAAAUUUCGCGAAAGAAACAAGCAGUCUUUAAAAUAUGAUUUUUAUAUAAAUAGGAAGUAAUACAUAAUAUUUGUUAAACGGUUUUAAUGAGCUAAUGAAAUAUCAGAUAGGUUAGACGUCAUGAAGGGGGUUAAAUGCCAAUUAUGAAAUUUAAUCGAGUAUGAGUGAGGGAGAGUGAAUACGAGUUUGUUUUACGUUGAACGAAAACGAAACGAAAGCACGUUCGGUGCAUUGAUUGGCCGGCGCGAAAGAAUCAACCAAUUAAAGCGCCGAACACCGCUCUCGUUUCGUCUUUGUUCAACGUAAAGCAAACUCGGACUAAAGGUAAGCGUCCACAGGCCCGCAUCUUACACAUCGAUGAGUUGACGCUGUUGUAUGAAUUUCUAUACAAGACAAACUAAAAUUCGCAGCGGUGCCUGCGAUGUGUACGAUGCGGGCCUGUGGACGCGUACCUUUGGGGGCACAGCAGGUCAAGUUAAAUAAACCGUUUAACUAAAACUUGAUUGUAAAAUGAAUUUAUAAUAAUAUGAAGUACUGUGUUUAUUUAUUUUAUUCACUGAAAUUCUCAGUUCUUUUGUUGAUUUUCUAAAUGAUAUGUUUUUGAGUAUUUUAUUAUUGAUUGUGUAAUUUAUUGUGAUAUGUGAGUUGGUGGGGAGAUUGGGGAAAAGGUUUAUGGAGUUGUGUCCGUAAUAAACUUGUGCAGGGAUACGGAAUUAUUGUUAUUUGUACUUCAUUUAUUUUAAGCAUGGAUAAGUCGUCUUGGACAAACAUGUCUCUAAAAAUAGUUUCUUAAAAAAUUCAUUGUUUAUACCUGUUAUAUAACUUGAUGGGUGGCCAACUAGAGUAGUUGGCCACCCAUCAAGUUAGGGUGAAUUAAUAUUAUCGAUAUAAUUAAAAUAUAGAUGAAGUAAAUGAGGUAAUUUACUAUAAUAUUAAUUAUUAUAUAGUAAUCUUACUAUUUUCAAAAAAUACUUCAAGGUGAGGGAGUCGCAGACAUUUAUUUAUGCUUAAAAUAAAUAAAGUAAAGGAAUGUAGAUCAUUCCCAUUUUUAAACAAAUUGUUGUUACCAAAAUGUAAGGGAGUGAUUAAUUUAAAUUGAUUGUUAAUGGAAUACAGAGAAAUAAAAAUGCCAAAGUAUUUUUAAUACGAAAAUGUGUUUUAUUACGCACUUAUUAUUUCAACCAAAUAUGUUUACUCAUCUAUAGCAUAAUGCGUACACGAUCGUAAGAAGACACCACGAAUUUUUUAUAAUGCAUCAUUACAUACUAGGAAAAUACAAAAAUAUUAAGCGGUUUCUUGGUAAACAACUACUCGGGAUACCUUAAAAAUAUGCGAAAUGUACAUAUACUUAAUGAAAUGCACCAUUUUAUAAUACGCUGUUCAUUCAUCUUGGUCAUCAGUUAACACUCCAAGACCUUCGUUUUUGAGCUUCUAAAAUACGUAAAGAAAAUAAAAAAACUUUCAUAAAAAAAAUCUUUCAAAAGCAAAAUGCCUUGCAAUCAUACUUCGUUUACGAUGCCAAUAAAACGACAGAUGAAGGCAAUAAUCGAUAGCAAUCGUAAUAAAUAUCGAUUUCAUGAUAAUAUCGAUAUCGAUAUAACUAGUGAUGUAAACAACUGUACGUUCGAUAUGUGACAUAUGUUAGAAGCCCUAAAACUAUACGGUAUAGUGUGUGGGUGCAUUGUUUAGAACUAGAAAGCGCUUUUUCUCUAUUCUUGACAACAACAAUCACUUCGACCAACAACCACAAAAACUAACAUCAACUCUUUAUCCUCACUCCACGAAUACUGAUCAUAGUUUUAUCUUAACAAUGGUCCAAAAAUAUCUAAUAGCAUUCCUAAACGAUCAAGUAGAAAAAUACUUUUAAUUAUGCCUCACAGAUAUCUAGCUUCAUUUGUUAAUUUUUCCCUCACUAUCAUCAAGAUAUAUAUUUAUACAUAUUAUAUAAUAUUUAUUCUCAUCUCUGUCAUGUCGAAUUGCGUCAAAGAAUACAUUGUGGGUCUAAGAGUGUUAAUCUAUACUACUGUGACAAUCUCGAUAAGUUUCGAUUAUCGUGCUGCAUAAUGUUCAGGAUGAAAAUAUUACAUCUCUCUGUAUAAAACUAAACUCUUAUCGAUAUCGAUAAAUAGGGCGGGAUUUAAAGCCUUUUUGUUGUAGUGCGCGCUGUUUAUCGAUAUACGAUUGAAAUCCACGGCAUCGAUACAUUUAGGUCUAUUCUAGGGCUUCCUCUAGAAUACUGCUCCCAAUCUUUCGAUUUUUCACAAAAUGGCGUUGUUUGUAUGCGUGAUAGUCGAAACAUUACGUCCAGUAUAGUAGUCAACUCUAUAGCUCUCCACAAUAACAAUACAUAUGUUUUAUACAAUAAUAUGUCGACGGUGACUUAAUUCGAAAUGUUGAUAUAUCAUUAAUUUAAUACCAA